GCAUGCGCCGGGACAACGAAACGUCACUUCCGCUCUUUGGCUGCAAAACGGCCAUAUUUGCACUUGUGCUGUUCAAGGGUAUCUUCCACCUACCUAAAGCCAGACUCGUCGACAUGUAUAGAUUCACCAAAGCCGUCGUCAACAUCAGCGGUCAAGCAGCACGCCAAGUGAGACACGGAUCCACCGCUCCGCAGGACUUCCACUCAAAGUAUGGCACCGGCGUGUUGCUCGGCGGCUUCGCCUUCUGCACCGCUGUGUGGUCAUACGUGGUGACUCAGACAGGCAUCACUUGGAAUUUGUCCCCUGUUGGGAAGAUCAAGCCCCAACCAUGGAGGGAGGCUGAUGAGUAAAAGAAAAACAAGCAGCCAUGGUUGAGAUCCAAACAGAAAUCUUUUGACUGUACAGCUGAGUAGUAAAUACCUGCCUGAGUGUGUUUCAUUAUUGUCCAAAUAAAUUAAAUGUGAUUCUA